AUGGCUCUGUCCCCGCGCCCCUGGGUGGCCCUGGUGGCCCUGGUGGCCCUGGUGGCCCCCCCGGCGCGGGGCUGGGACAGGGACGCGCCCACGGCGACGCUGUCGGUGACAAACGGGGGACACUGGGGGCACUGGGGGGACCCCGAGUUCUGCCCCGGCAGAGGCUACGCCAGCGGCUUCCAGCUCAAGCACUGGGGACACUGGGGGGACCCCGAGUUCUGCCCGGGCAGAGGCUACGCCAGCGGCUUCCAGCUCAAGGUGGAGCCCCACAAGGGAUUCUUCGGGGACGACUCGGGGCUGAACGGGGUCCGGCUGCUCUGUGACCACGCGGGACAGGCCACGUCCAGCGAGGGGCCCCGCGGCGCCUGGAGCCGGCCGGAGUCGUGUCCCCCCGGGCAGCGCCUGGUCUCCUUCCGGCUGCGCGUGGAGGCGCCGCGCGGCCUCUGGGACGACACGGCCGCCAACGCCAUGGCCGCCAUCUGCUCGGGGGGCUCGCUGCUCGAGGGCCGCGGCGGCCCCCAGGGCACCUGGGGCAACUGGAGCCUGCCCUGCCCGCCCGGGGCCGGGGUCUGCGGCCUGCGCACCCGCCUGGAGCCCCCCCAGCGCGGCGGCGACGACACCGGCCUCAACGACGUCGAGCUCUACUGCUGCAGCUGAGGGACGCCCACCCGGACCACCCGGGACCACCUGGGAUCACUGGGACCCCCAGGAUCUUCACAGACCCCCAUGGACCCUCCUGACCCCCCCAUGGACCCCCCUGACCCCCCAUGACCAUCCAUGGACCCCAAUGACCCCAUGGACCCUCCUGACCCUCUCAUGGACCUGUGGGACCACCCGGGACCACCUGGAUCACUGGGACCCCCAGGAUCUUCACAGACCCCCAUGGACCCUCCUGACCACCCCAUGGACCCUCCCAACCCCCUCCGGGACCCCCAGGGACCACCCCGGGACCCUCAGGGACCACCUGGGACCACCCAGGACCACCCGGGACCACCUGGGACCACCUGGGAUCACUGGGACCCCCAGGACCAUCACUGACCCUCAUGGACCCUCCUGACCCCCCCAUGGACCCUCCCAACCCCCUCUGGGACCACUGGGACCACCCCGGGACCCCCAGGACCACCCGGGACCACCCGGGACCACCCGGGACCACCUCGGGACCACCUGGGACCCUCAGGACCAUCACUGACCCCCAUGGACCCCCCUGACCCCCCCAUGACCAUCCAUGGACCCCAAUGACCCCAUGGACCCUCCCAACCCCCUCAGGGACCCCCAGUACCACCUGGGACCCCCCAGUACCACCUGGGACCACCCAGGACCACCCUGGGACCCCCAAGGACCACCUGGGACCACCUCGGGACCCCCAGGACCUUCCCUGACCCCAUGGACCCCUCCAUGGCCACCCAGGGACCCCUCAUGGACCCCCUGAAAGACCCCUGGGACCUCCUGUGACCCCUGUGACCCCACUGAUGACCCCUGUGACCCCAGUGACCCCUGGGCCACCCCAGUGACCCCUGUGACCCCCCCAGUGACCCCCCCCAGUGACCCCAGUGACCCCAGUGACCCCUGUGACCCCCCCCAGUGACCCCUGGGCCACCCCAUGGUCACCACUGACCCCGUGACCCCACCCCUGGGACCACCCCCUGGGGGCGGGGCAAUGAAUGGCUUUGAUUGACA